UGUAAUCAAUUGUAGCCAGAAAUAUCAAAGUGCUUGUGUUCACGAAGACAAUUGCGUAUUUUACGCAUUACGCACGAUCCAGGAGUCCGUGAUCUGCCCUUUGCCCUUUAAAGUUUCACUCAGCAGACAUGACUCCUGGGCUGAACUUUGAGACCUACUAGAUAGCAGCACGUGUUUCAUCACAGCUCAAAAGGCAACGGGGUGACACUCCUUUUAAUUACCUCAAACUCCAUCGGUGUCAGUGGAGAGGACACUGGCUUCUAACAUGCCUCGCUUCACAACCAAGCGUGUUUAACAGGGAAUACUUCCACGUGGACUUUUCUUUCAAAAAGAGAUCAAACAAUAAGAUUUGAACAAUGAGGCCGCCGGUGGAAGUCUGCGUGUUGAUCGUUUCUCUCUUGGCUCCUGGAGUUUUAUACGCCAUGAACAAUAUCCCUGCGCUUCAGGAACCUCUUCCUAUCCUGGGAAUGGGAAUGGUCGUCCUGGGAUUUGUUCUUCUCCUCCUCCUCCUUACUGUGCGAAACAAGUUGAAAGUGGACCCUUUAUUCUAUGUAUUUGCAGAGUUUUCCUUCACCUGCAUGGUGGGCCUGACUAAUGCUUUAGAGCAGGAUGGGUUCAUCUCUGGCUUCAUGAGCUUCUACCUAAAGAUUGGUGAGCCUCAUCUAAGUACGGCCUAUGCUGUGAUGAUGUCUUACUGGGAAGGCAUCGUCCACUUCGUCCUCUUCCUCACCAUGAUCCACCGCAUGUUCAAAGGGAAGUCCUAUCGUAGCCUGGGGCUGCUGUGGGCGGGCUCCUCAAUCGCCCAUCAAAUUGUUCACAUCCCAGGAGUGGUGAUUGGUAAAUUCGGGUCUAACAUUCGACCAGCCUUUUGGAGGAACGUCCCCUUCUUUUUGGUGCCUUUCUGGGUGGCCUCUGUGCUCUUCAGCAGACCCAGAGAGAUGCCAGUCAUCACAGCAGACAAGAUUUCAGUGGAGCAGAAGAAAGGUCUGCUGUCUCGACCCGUUGACCUGCUUCUGUCUCUUCUGUUACUCGGAGCAAUGGCCUUCUCUGUUUUCAGAGGCUUUGUGGUGCUGGACUGUCCUCUCGACACCUGCUUCACCUACAUCUACCAGUACGAGCCCUACCUCAAAGACCCAGUUGGCUUUCCAAGGGUUAUGAUGUUGGUGUAUUUGUUCUAUGCUCUGCCACUGCUGACUUCCUUCACCUAUGGUCUGAAAAGACCUGGAUGUAGCUGGAUGCUGGACUGGACCAUCUUCUUUGCUGGGGCCAUGGCUCAGACCCAGUGGUGCCAUAUCGGAGCAUCUCUGCACUCCCGCACUCCCUUCACGUACCGAGUCCCAGCAGACAAAUGGUGGCCUGUUAUCACCUUCAAUGUGAUGCUGGCUGCUGUGCCGGCUCUGCUGGCCGUGCGCUGCCACACCAACCCCGUUUAUUUCAUGAAACCUGUUCCCGAGGGACAGACCAACAAUGAGAAAAAGAAAAACUAGACCACACACCAGCCAGAGACUGUUGAGAAAUACUUCACGCUGUGACAAGGCUAAUGUUUUCCGGGGACUCUCUUUGGUGCACAAACUGCAUUAAACACACCAUUUUUCAACAUAAAACCCAGAGGAGACUUAAAAAUGUUACUUUCAGAGUCAACUGUUCAGAAUCAGUCACCUUGCACAGCGGCAGCAGCACUCCCUGCAUGGACUAUUGGACCCUGAUAAGAAGGUUGUUGAUGGAGUUGAGGACCGUGAUCAGCUUUCAGGUGACUCAUGCAGAUACCCUGUUGGUAUCUUCCCCAACUGAGACUAUUAACCUGGAUCAUACAGUUUGGCAACACACUACUGGAGAGUAAAAGAUGAUUUGGUGUAUUUGCUUGAUCAGUUACUUGAAUGAUUAAUUGAUUGUCAAAAUAGAUCUGUCCAUUAACUAA